AUGAGUGCUAACAUUUACGCACGAGAACAAAAAACUGAAAAUUAUCUUCUUCACAUUGCUGUCAAUAAAAGAAACUACGAAUUAGCUGAGUGGUUUUAUCGAGAAUCUAGUGUGAUUGGUGGAGCCAUCAACUACAUGCUUCAAACCCUGUAUCAUCUGGCGUACUAUACUCAUGGUGGGAAAAAGAUGAAUCUUCUAACAAUAAGAACCAACGGUGCCGCCUGUGACGACCCUAUGAAUGGUGAAACGUCUGAUGAUGAAUUGAAGGAAAGCAUAAAUGGUGAUACACCUCUGCAUAUUACUGUAAGAACAAAGAAUUACGAGUUGGCUGAAUGGCUGUGCCAGCGACCUCAAGUAAACAUAGAAGCUCUCAACUACGCUCAGCAGACUCCAUACCAUCGCGCUUACAAGUGUAAUGACGCUAAGAUGAUGACCAUUUUACAAGAAAACAAGAUCAACAAGAUCCAUAUGAUUCCAGACAUCAUUAUAUCUUCCAAUGGUGGCCGAGGUAGUGAUAUGUAA